UUUCCGUUCAUCAGAUGAAGAAUUCAGAGUUGACUCAUCCAUCAUGAGGUGAAGCGGUUCCUUAAUUGACCACCACUCAAGGAAACAAGACUCAGAUGUGCCAUGAGCCAGUCUCACACCCAAAGCAGAAGAAAAACUCGGCCCAUUGAAGACUUCUUUUCGGCGGUUUGCCCUCUGAUUGAGGACGCUUUCAGUGACUCUCCUCCAAGACUCCCAGAGCUCCACCACCCGCAUCACCACAGUGUGUCCACCCACACCCUUCCUUCAUCCAGCAGCAACUUCCUCAUCCUCUUACAGGACUGGCUGUACUGUCAGUAAGAUUCUUUCACAAAUGUCUACCUCACGAUUAAAAGACCCCUCUCCAACACUGCGACCCUGAACAGGAUACAAAAUGACCUCGAGCAUUGACCGGGAUGACAGCAGUAUCUUUGAUGGGUUAAUGGAAGAAGAUGAAAAGGACAAAGCUAAACGUGUGUCCCGUAACAAGUCUGAGAAGAAACGCAGAGAUCAGUUCAAUGUCCUCAUCAAAGAGCUGGGCACCAUGUUGCCGGGCAACACCCACAAGAUGGACAAGUCAACUAUUUUGCAAAAUAGCAUCGACUUUCUGCACAAACAUAAGGAGAUCGCAGCUCAGUCAGAGUCAACAGAGAUCCGACAGGACUGGAAGCCUCCUUUCCUCAGUAAUGAAGAGUUCACUCAGCUGAUGUUGGAGGCGUUGGAUGGAUUUUUUCUUGCCAUUAUGACUGAUGGAAAUAUCAUCUACGCCUCUGAGAGUGUGACGUCCCUACUUGAACAUUUGCCUUCGGAUCUUGUGGACCAGAACCUUCUGAACUUCCUGCCCAUGGGGGAGCAUUCGGACGUGUACAAGGCUCUGUCCUCUCAUAUCAUGGAGGGAGAGGCGCUGACGCCUGAAUAUCUGAAAACUAACAAUCAGCUGGAGUUCUGUUGCCACAUGCUCCGAGGGACAAUAGACCCCAAAGAGCCCCCUGUGUACGAAUAUGUCAAGUUCAUCGGAAACUUUAAGUCCCUGAAUAAUGUGCCUAACUGUGACAGAAACGGUUUUGAAGGAGUGAUCCAGAGAUCGCUUCACUCUGCUUAUGAAGACGGAGUGUGUCUGAUAGCAACCGUGAGGCUGGCCAAACCACAGUUUAUCAAGGAGAUGUGCACUGUAGAGGAGCCAAAUGAGGAAUUCACCUCCAGACAUAGUUUGGAGUGGAAAUUUCUCUUCUUGGACCACAGAGCUCCACCCAUCAUAGGUUACCUCCCAUUUGAGGUGCUGGGUACAUCAGGAUAUGACUACUACCAUGUAGAUGACCUGGAGACACUGGCCAAAUGCCACGAACACUUAAUGCAAUAUGGCAAAGGAAAGUCCUGCUACUACAGAUUCCUCACCAAAGGGCAGCAGUGGAUUUGGCUUCAGACUCACUACUACAUCACCUACCACCAGUGGAACUCCAGACCAGAGUUUAUUGUCUGCACACACACUGUUGUAAGUUACGCUGAAGUAAGAGCAGAACAGCGCAGAGAGCUUGGAAUCGAAGAAAUACAACCUGAGAUCACAACAGACAAGCAGUCCCAGGACUCAGAGUCUGAGUCCCAGCUCAACACCACCAGCCUGAAGGAGGCUCUGGAUCGCUUCAACCACAGCCGGUCACCUUCGACCUCGUCUCACAGCUCACACAAAUCCUCGCACACCGCUUUGUCUGACCCAGCCUCGUCGCAGGUGAAGCUUCAGGGAGACAGGAGUACACCAGGGUGCCAAUCUGUCUGUGCUGUGGAGAUGACGUCAGUGCAAAGAUCAUCCAUCAGCAGUCAGCAGUCAAUGAGCUCCCAGACUACAGGACAGAACAUGGCAACAUCCGUGGUUUCACAACAACAGCAACAACAGCAACAACCUCAACAGCAACAAGUUCAGAUCAGUGGGCAGCAGGCCAUGGUGCAGUUCUCCAGCCAGCUCGAGGUCAUGCAUAGCCUGAAGGGGCAGCUUGAGCAGAGGACCAGGCUGAUCGAGGCCAACAUUCAGCGGCAGCAGGACGAGCUGCGGCAGAUCCAGGACGAGCUGCAGAGAGUGCAGGGCCAGAGCCUGCAGAUGUUCUUGCCGAAAGGAGCUGGCGGACUGAGUCUCAGCUCUGUUCAGAUGGACCAGGGGAGCACUGUGCAGCAGGGCGGGACCCUCAGCAUGCAGGGCCAGGUGGUCUCUGCAGGACUUCUACAGAGCAGCAUUCAAACCCAACAUGCUGUCCAGCCCCAGCAACAAAUGCUGCUGCGGGAACAGAGCUCAGCACUCUCACAGCCUCAACAAAAUCCACUGCCUGCGUCUCUCUACAACACAAUGAUGAUCCCUCAGCAGAGCCCAGCCAACGUGCUCCAGAUUGCCACCAGCCUGGCUCAGAAUACUGGACACAACACUCCUGCUGUGGCCACAUUUGCACAGGACCGUUCAGCUCAAAUUAGGUUUCCUGCCAGUCCUCAGCUGCUCACCAAGCUAAUGGCAGGGCAGAUGGCAUGUGGGGCCGUCAUGGUCCCCACAACCAUGUUUAUGGGCCAAGUGGUGACUGCCUUCGCUCCGCAGCAGAGCCAGACCCAGACCAUCAGCAUUUCCCAGCAGCCACCACAGCAGCAUCAUCAUCAGCAGCAGCAGCAGCAUCAUCAGCAGGAGCAGCAGGUACAGCAGCAGUCUCAGGUCACAGCCAUGCAGCUAGGGCAGGCUCCACUGCAGCAGACUCAGUUCCUUCAGGCUUCUCGGCUUCUUCAUGGAAACCAGUCCACCCAGUUGAUCCUGCAGGCGGCCUUCCCUCUACAGCAGCAGGGUGCCUUCACUGCCACACCCCAACAACAGCAGCAACAGUUACAACAACAACAACAACAACAACAACAGCAUCAUCAUCAACAGAAGCAGCUACAGCAGCAUAAACAGCAUCAUCAUCAUCAUCAUCAGCAGCAGCUGGCCCCUCACCGGGCCGACAGUCUGUCUGACCGCUCCUCUUCGCAGCAACAGUAGCUGGGGGGAGCCAAUCAGAAGUGGACUGAGCCAAACCCAAGUGUGGGUGUCAUUGUGACGGGUGUCUUUGUGACAGGGGUCUACAGAGAAGUCCUGCUAAGAGCACUAAGACCACGCCUCAGGCUGAGCAGUGAUGGGAUGGGCAGCAGUGGCUCCCCCCCCUCACAGAGAUCUGUUGCUGUUUGCACUGAACACCUGAGCACUGAGAGCUGCAGAGAACCGGGUCUGGGACAAGGGCCUUUCUCAAAGAAAACAGGGAGCCACAGACCUUAUAAUGGACUCCCCCUCACACCCUCCCCUGGCCGUGUGUGUGUGUGUGUGUGUGUGUGUGUGUGUGUGUGUGUGUGUGUGUGUGUGUGUGUGUGUGUGU